UUAGCAUAACCUGCCUUGAAGGCAUUCCCAAUAGCAGACAUGCGAGUUGCCAUGGCCAGAGCCUGCUCGCCACAGAAGGUGCUCAUUUGUGGGAUUUCAGGCCUUUGUGCAGCAGCAACGCUCUUGCUGGUCCUGGGCUCCGCGCUCACUCGCUACAGAUAUAGUGAGCCAUGCGAGCUCGGUACCGCGGGCGACUCGCAGGCGUUGUUUGACUACAUGUCCUUCUACAGCUGCUCGGAGCUCUUGCCAGGAGCUGUGAAGGUGUGCUUCCUGCUGCUUUGGCUCGCCCUGCUGAUCAGCAUGCUGGCCAGCACGGCCGACGACUACUUCGUGCCACAACUGGAGGCUCUCUCUGAACGGCUCGGCCUCGAGGAGGAUGUGGCUGGUGUGACUUUGUUGGCACUGGGCAAUGGUAUGCCCGAUGUGAUGACCGCAUGCAGCUCAGUCAACAAGGCGAAUGACCUGGCGCUGACAAUGGGAGAGUUCUUGGGUGCGGCCAACUUUAUCAUCGUCUUUGUCUUUGCCUGUGUGCUGUUGGCCUCCCCGGGGGCCACCAGUGUCGAUGCCUGGCCAUUCUUGCGCGAUUCAUCCAUGUAUUUGCUGGUGGUCUUCUUUAUGGUUUUUGUGACAUGGGACGGCCAGAUCAGUCUCGUAGAGUCGCUCGCCUUUUUUGCGCUCUAUGGCGUCUACCUGCUGGUGGUCUUACUUCCAUCCCGGCUGAGCCCACGCACAUCGAGCACUGAGGACAUCGAACUGGAGGAGCCCAACAGCCCCUCAGACAGCUUCCAGCCUUUGGCCUCGGAGUCCGAAGCAGAAGAUGUGGGUGGAUUGCAGGUGAGUGAGCCAAUGGCGCUAGCCGGACUACAAGCCAAAGGGAACUUGAGUCUGGUCUUGACGACCAUGGAGCUACCAUUUACCCUGGCAAGGCACGUGUGCAUUCCGUCGGCCGCCUGGAACGGGCCGCGGAGGGUCUUGGCGGCGCUGUGCCCCACCUGCGGGAGCCUCUUCAUGAUCCUCUCUUUUGGCGGCUGGGAGGCCUUUGCUGUUCCCAACGGUGCUGGGGGCGUUGGAGUGCCUGGCUGGGCGGUGUGUGGCUUGGUGGGGAUGUUACUGGGUGUGGCCGUGCUGCGCUUCUCCACACCAGCGCGCAUGCCGCGCUGGCAUCUUGCACUGCUCCUCUGGGCCAUGUGCUCGGCGGUGAGUUGGUUCAACUUCCUGGCCAACGAAUGUGUGGCCGUGCUGGAGGCUUUUGGCCUGAACCUGGGCAUCUCCUCCUCAGUGCUGGGCAUCACGGUAUUGGCCUGGGGCAACUCCGUUGGAGAUCUGGUGGCAGACACCGCGCUCGUGCGCCAGCGGAGGUCGAAAAUGGCGGUUGCUGGGAUCUAUGGCUCCCCGCUCUUGAGUGAUUUGUUGGGCUUAGGAAUCGCUUUGACCAGUCACACUUGGCAGCACGGAGACCUUCGAUCACAGCUCAGCAAGCAGAACCGGAUCGCCGCAGUCUCCUUGCUCUUGGCCGUCGUGAUGACCAUGGCUGUGUUCGCGGGCUUUCGCUUCCAUGGCCCCCGGCGAUUGGCCUGGGUUCUUUUGGGUCACUAUGCCAUCUUCAUGGUACUCUCAGUGGCUUGUGAAUUGGGCUUCAUCCCAGACGUGCCCUGAAGGGGUCACAAGGCUCGAUCGAGGCCCAACUGCAGUUGCUCAAGUUCCUGUCGAGUUCGUCGGUGAUUUUCCUUUCGGGCUGCUGAGUUCUCAUGCGCCCAGACUCUUUGUCACCGUGAGAGCCCGGCUGAGUGAGUUGGAUCAGAUGAGCGCGGCCGAUCAA